AUGUGCGAAGCUUACAAUGCUUAUUUCGGCAUGCCUGUGGGUGAUCAAGACAAAUCCUGGGCACCUCAUUUCGCCUGUGAAAACUGCAAAAGGACUUUGGAAGGAUGGUACAGAGGGGAAAAGAGAGCUAUGAAGUUUGCUGUGCCAAGAGUUUGGAGAGAACCCACUGACCAUUCAAGCAACUGCUUUUUCUGCAUGGUGGACCCUUCCAAACGUCGGACUGGCAAAAAAGCAAGUCCAAUCAUGUAUCCUGACAUUCCUUCAUCCAUGGCUCCAGUUCCGCACAGCUCUGGCCUCCCCGUUCCUACUCCUCCAGAGAAAGAGCAGGUGUCUUCCUGUGAGAGCCCUGAUUCCAAGAGUGAGGAAGACAAUGAAGGUGAAGGAUUUAAUUUACUAGCUGAUAACAGAAACCCAUACUAUCCCAACCAAAAGGACAUGAAUGAUUUGAUCAGAGAUCUUGGUCUCACCAAGUCCAAUGCUGAACUUUUGACGUCUAGACUGAUGCAGUGGAAUUUGCUGGAUCCUAGUGUUAAAGUCUCAUGUCAGAGGAAGCGUCACUCACUAUUUUCCAACUUCUUCAUCAGCGAAGAUGGGCUCUGCUUCUGCCACGACGUGACCGGUCUGAUCGAGAAAAUCGGAAUUGAUUUAGACCCAAAAGAGUGGCGCCUCUUCAUUGACAGCUCUUGCAUAGUCUCAAAGCCGUGUUGCUCCACAAUGGCAACAAGUAUCCGUCUCUUCCUCUGGCGCAUUCAGUAUCUCUCAAAGAGAACUACAACAAUGUCAAGAAAUUGCUGA